AAAAUGUGUUGAAUUGAUAUUAAUAUGAAUUUCUGCGCCAAAAGUGUUCAUCACUUGUGUUGUUGUCAUCUGUUUGUAUGUCUUUUAUAGACAUCUGAUCCACAGUUAUAAUGGAUAACAAACUAAUAAAAGAGCUGAAAGGCGAUAAAAUAAAGGCCAAAAACUGCAAAGAUGUCAAAGAGUUGAUCAAAAUCUGCAAUUGUUUGGGUCGGAGGUAUUUGCAGACAUUUCGUUACAAUGAAGCCAUCGAUGAACAUAAAGAAGAGCUUCAAUACGGUCUUAGCAUUGGUUGUAUGUUAUCUGAAGCCAUUGCCAGACGAGCUUUGGGUGAAUGUUAUUCAGAGAUCAAUGAAUAUCAGAAAGCGUUGUUUCAGCACAAGAAGUACUUGGAUUUAGCCAUGAGUUUGGCCGACGAUAUUGAGAUACAGCGCGCGUGGGCUACCAUUGGACGGACACAUCUAUUGCACGCACAAGAACUUUAUCAGUCAAACAGUGAGAUCAACGAACAAGUCUUAAAUGAUGCCAAAAAUGCAUUCAAAAUGGCUUUAAAUUUAUGCGAUGAAUUAUCUGAAAUUAAAGAUAAAGAAUUGGCUGAAAUGCGAUCUCGACUUUACCUCAAUUUGGGUCUUGUCUUUGAACUAAUGGGUCAGUUCAGCGAAUCGAUGACACAUUUGCAUCUCUCUAUUGCCAUCAAUAAACGAUAUGGUUUUAUUGAAGACUUAUUUCGGAGUCAAUUCUCUUUAGCGACAAUUUACGAGAAGAACAAAGAAUUCAACAAUUCUUUAGAGGCGUAUAACGAGUCACUGAAAAGCGCCAAAAUCCUGAAGAAUAAGUUUAAUUCAUGCGAUGCUCUUAUUGGUAAAGGAUUGCUAUUAACUCGUUGGCAAAAGUUUGAAGAAGGAAGACAUUGCUUAAAAAAGGCAUACAAAUUGUGUCCAAACAUUGAUGAAGACAAACAAAAAGUUUUAAGAUAUCUUAAGAUAUCAUCAAUUAUUUGCGAUGACUAUCGAGAGUUGAUGAAAGCGACUGAAUUGCACCAAAAAAUUGUUUUGUGCGAUAAAUUAGGCGAUCAUUUUGUUGAAUUGAAAUUCUUUGAUUUAGCCAUUGAUUUCUAUAAGAAAGAACUCGAUUAUGCCUUUCAGUGCAAUAAAGGUGACACAGAAAUUGCAAACAUUUAUGUAUCAAUUGCACAGACAUUUGCUGAUGACUUGAAAUACAAAGACGCCAUCGAUUAUUUUAAACACGAGUUAAACUGCAAUAGUGGUAACAGUCUUGAAGAGAGCAAAUCAUUGAUAAAAAUUGCAGAAAUGGAAGAAUAUUUAAAAAACAAUGAAUAUAAUACAGAUAUUAUAAAAAACUACGAGAUGGCCAUUGAAAAAGUUGGAACAACUGAUAAACUAUGGCUAAUAGAUAUUAUACAAAGAUAUAUAACAUUUUUGCAAAAUAGACAAUUAAAUUAUGAUAGAAUUGAUAAACUUAAACAACAAUUAAAAGAACUUAAUCUUCAAAAGACAACAGUUUGUGAAAGAGUUGAAAACGAAGAGGAAGAUGACGAAGAUAUUUACGAUAAAUACAUUUUAAACGACUUGUCGGAUGUGACCACUGAUUCAGAUGAAGAGAGUGUUUCUAAUAUUUAUAAAUUAAAACGAAUGGGAAAAUCACUGAAACGAAAUGAAUUAGGAGAAACACCACUACAUAUGGCUUGCAUUAAAGGCGAAGAAAAUCUCGUCAGUAAAUUGAUUACUGAUAAACAUCCCGUUAAUGUUCGGGACAAUUGCGGUUGGACUCCACUACACGAGGCCACAAAUAAUGGUUUCCCAAAUAUUGUUAAAAUACUUUUGGAUAACGGCGCCAAUAUUAAUGAUAAUGAAGGCCAAAAAUGUAAAGGAAUCACUCCACUACACGACGCCUGUAUUAACGGACACUUAGAUGUUAUACGACUACUUUUGGAAAAGGGAGCAAAAGUGACAAUUUUGGACAACUAUAAUAAUACAGCACUCGAUUUGCUGCUGAAUUGGAGGAAAUCAAAAGCCGAUGUCAUCGAUAAAGACCAGUUGAAUAGCUGUAAACAAUUAGAGCAAAAAAUGGAAGAUUUGUUAAAAAUGGCCGGUUUUUCAAAAAAGAAUAUUCCGAUUUCCAAGUCAUCCAAAUCCAUAUCCAAUGAAAGGCGAAAGUUUAAGCCAAUGAUAAGGAAUCGAGAAACGAAUUGCAAUACUUCUGAUUCGGAUUCCGACUCACUUAAUGUCUCUAUUAAUUCGGGAUCUCAGAAGACUGGGCACAGACCACGAACCAAACAUAUGCGUGAUUUGGAUAAGGAUUUUGAUGACCCAAGAGUUGCUCGAAGAGAGUAUUGUUCAUCAAUUUCUAAUUUAAGACCUAAUUCUGACAGUAGUAAACAGCCACUGAAAACCCCCGUUCGUCCUAAUGCUAAAUCAAUGCCAGCUCUUGUCGAUCAACGAAAUUUGGUUACCGAUGAUGAUUGGCUUAUUAGAGACACAAACGACAAUAGGAAGAGAUCGUGUUUAGAUGCUUACGACGUCUUUAAUAAAAAGACUAAAAUUAAUCAAAUGAGUCAUUCAAAUACUGGUCAUUUUCAUAGACGUAAAACUAAUGGUGUUUCCAUUCAAAGACGACCUGAAAAACAAAUUCAUCAAAACGAAGAUGAAUCUAAGUCUUCAGAUAGCGAAGAUAUAGAAACUACUGAACCAGUUAAUAGACCACCAAAAUCAACACAACUGAAUAAAGAGUUGAGAAAAGUAGAGGAAAUUUCCAAACAAGUGAUGCCAUCAAAUAGUUUAACAAACAGUGAUAUCAGAACACUUGAAAAGUCAAUACCACUGCGUGUUUGUGUUUGUGAUGACAAAAACACUACAUUUAUUAUACCGAUUCUUAACCGUCGGACCACUUGUUUAUGGCUCAACAAAGAAACUGAAAAGAGAUAUUUUGCUAAACUUUCCAUCAAACCUAUCAUUUCACUUGAAACUACUGACGGCGCCCUCCUAUCUGAUGAAGAUUUUAUUCUUGAUGUCAUUACCGGUGAUAUACUUAAAGUUAAUGCAAAGAUUGAGUCGUGGAUUAUGGAUCCGCUGCCAAAUCGAUAUAAAGAAGUUUGUAAUACUUUUAAUACAAAACCAGAUUCCGAUGUUAUUGGUUGGCUUGAAAUGACACAUCUUAAUGGUUGUCUUCGUUUAUGUGAUCUUAAAUUACCCGUUGAACAGAUCAGAGCUAUAUUUAAAGCUAUUCAACGACAGAACAAUCUAAAAGAAAUUGACAUUUCAUUUUCUAAUAUUCUGAUGAAUGAUUGGACAUCUUUUAUCAAUUGUUUACCAUUUUUGUCAUCACUUCAUAAAUUGAAACUCAAAGGUACUUCAAUUAAUCGCCAAAUCAUUGAACAGUUAAUUGCCAAAUGUCCGCAAAGUUUAGUUGAAUUGGACUUAAGUUUUAAUACAUUUGGUGACUAUUAUCGCAAUAUUACUUACAAACUUAUACAACAUUUGCCAAAAUUAAAAGUUCUGGACUUAAGUGGUUGUGAUUUAACCAAUGCUUUUCUCGAACCAAUUGAAUUACAAGAGUAUAUUAAAAGUAAGUUUUAG